GCUUCAUUGCAUGAAUUUGCUAUUUGGCAUUGCCUUAAACUGCUUGUCGAGUUGUAAAGACUCAGAAGUGUAAUAGGUUAUUGUAAGUGCUUUCUUCGUGUUUAUAUCAACCUUUGCCUAUCCUGUCGUCGAUUUCAUUCCCAUCUGUACAGACGUUAUGCCUCACGCAAAUGAGCAAGAUAAGGAGGUGCCAGACCGACCCAUCUGCGACCCCGACAAGAUCCGCAUCAUUCAUGUUGGGAUGGGCGCCUCAGGACUGUUGGCCGGCUACAAGGCGAGACGGAUGCUCACCAACUUCGAGCUUGUCUGUUACGAGAAGAACGACUCUCCAGGCGGAACUUGGUAUGAGAAUCGUUACCCAGGGUGUGCGUGUGACAUCCCGGCUCAUGUAUACACGUUUCCGUUCGAGCCCAACCCUGAAUGGAGCGGGUACUAUGCUUACGCCCCCGAAAUACAUGAUUACUUCAUGAGGUUCUAUGAAAAGCACCAGCUGCAGGAAUUCUGCGUGCUUAAUACAGAGAUUCUCAGCGCCGAAUGGCGUGACCUCGAGGGAAAGUGGCACGUUCAGCUAAGACGAAACGACGGCUCGACGUUUGAAGACACAUGCGAUGUUUUCAUCAACGGCUCUGGUGUGCUUACGAAGUGGAAAUGGCCCUCCAUUGAAGGCCUUCACGACUUCAAGGGUACACUGGCGCACUCUGCAAGAUGGCCUCAGGAUCUCGACUGGUCAGGUAAGCGGGUAGGACUCAUAGGCAGUGGCUCGAGCUCAAUCCAGAUGCUGCCUCAGUUGGCAGACAAAGCGGAGCACGUCACCGUCUUCUUGCGCAACGAGACGUACAUCGCGCCGCAAAUGGGUGCCAAUAUCACAAACGAGGAAGCCGAUCCGCUUGCCGCUGACCCUGCGGCAGCCGGCAAGCAUCAAUAUACGGAGAAGGAGAGGCAACGCUUCCGGGACGACCCAGACUACCAUCUGAAGUACCGCAAGCGCAUCGAAAGCGGCUUCGCUGCCGGCUGGGGUAUGUUUAUGCGCGGCUCGGAGCUCAAUGUCAGAUUCAAGCAGAUCGUGCAAGAGCAGAUGCGCUCACGGCUAGGCGAUCGUGAGGAUCUGAAGUCCAAGAUCGUCCCAAGCUGGAGUCCUGGGUGUCGCCGGCUUACACCAGGCGAGGGCUACCUUGAGGCACUUAUUCGGGAGAAUGUUACCUGCAACUUCAAUGACAUCACGCGCGUAAACAGCACUGGCAUUCGAACCGCAGCCGGUGAUCAAAUCGACGUCGACAUCCUCGCGUGUGCUACCGGCUUCUACGUCCAGUACACUCCCCACUUCCGCCUCACCGGCCUCGGCGGUCAGGUGAUACAAGAUCAAAAAGAGCCGAAUCUCUACGCUUCCAUUGCUGCACCAGGCUUCCCGAAUUACUUUGUCGUGAAUGGCCCGAGGGGAAAUUGGGGUCAAGGAUGCGCUUUACCGAGCCACGAAGUCCAGAUCGAAUACAUUCUUCAGUGCUGUCGGAAGAUGCAAGAGGAUCAAAUCAAGAGUAUGGACCCGAAGGAGAGCGUUGCAACACAGUUGCAUCGGUAUCAGGAUGCUUGGCACAAAAACCGCUCGAUCUGGGCCGAGGAGUGCAAGUCCUGGUACAAGGACAAUACUGUCGACGGGCGUGUGCAUAUUUGGUCAGGAAGUAUGCUGCACUACCUGAAGUUUCUCAAGCGUCCGAGGUAUGAGCAUUAUGAUAUUACGUACAAGGACCCGGAUAACAUCUUUGCAUUCUUGGGCGAUGGGACGACGAUCGGCCUGAAGAAAUAUGGGGCGGAGUGUCCGGUACCCUACAUUAGGAACCAGGAUACUGCUUGGGAAAUCGAGUAGUCUUAAUACCAGAAAAUGGGUCUUCCGAAGUGAUGUAUCGCUUCGUCCUGCUCUCCACCAGCGCUGCCCAAGCGCUCAGCUAGACAUCAAGCCACACU